UGGUCUCACUCGGACGCUUCAGUUGAGUUGAUAUCAAGUUGAAGUGUUGUUGUGUUUUUGUGUUGUGUUACAGUAUAAGAGAUAUUCGAUUUCCAAGUCUGUCAUAAUGCUAGGAAAUGUGCAAUAAAAAAUACUGAAUUCGAGUGAAUUUUCGUGUGAUUUGUUUUCUAUUAGUUUCUUUUGUGAAAAUGCGUGAAAUUGUGCACGUGCAGGCUGGCCAGUGUGGCAACCAAAUUGGAUCAAAGUUCUGGGAGGUCAUAUCCCACGAGCAUGCAGUGGGUCCGGAUGGUAUAUAUGCAGGGAAGAGCCCCAUCCUCGAAGAGAGACUCAACGUGUACUAUAGCGAGGCUUCCAGUGGUAAAUAUGUUCCCCGCGCUGUGCUGGUGGACCUGGAGCCAGGUACCAUGGACUCCGUGAGGUCUGGCCCGUAUGGGGAACUCUUUAGACCCGACAACUUUGUCUUCGGACAAAGCGGCGCUGGAAACAACUGGGCCAAGGGCCAUUACACAGAAGGUGCGGAGUUGGUGGACGCAGUGUUAGACGUUAUCCGGAAAGAGUCGGAGGGAUGCGAUUGCUUACAAGGGUUCCAACUAGCCCACUCCCUGGGUGGUGGUACCGGUUCUGGCAUGGGCACUCUGCUGCUCAGCAAGAUCCGAGAGGAGUUUCCGGAUAGGAUCAUGAGCACCUUCAGCGUGGUGCCUUCGCCCAAGGUCUCGGAAGUUGUGCUGGAGCCAUACAACGCAACGCUAUCGGUUCACCAACUUGUCGAAAACACGGAUAUGUCGUUCUGUAUAGACAACGAGGCUCUAUACAACAUCUGCUUCCGGACUCUGAGGCUGAGCAGCCCCACUUAUGGUGAUUUGAACCAUUUGAUUUCGAUGACCAUGUCAGGCGUGACGACGUGCCUGCGUUUCCCUGGCCAGCUGAACGCCGACCUUCGCAAGCUGGCUGUGAAUAUGGUGCCUUUCCCGAGAUUGCAUUUCUUCAUGCCUGGGUUCGCUCCACUAACAGCGAGGAACUCUUUCGACUACAGACCUCAGAACGUGUCUGAACUCAUGAGUCAAAUGUUUAACCCGGGCAACAUGAUGACCGCGUGCGACCCGCGUCACGGGCGCUACCUGACCGUGGCGACCAUGUUCCGUGGUCACAUGUCCAUGCGGGAGGUCGACGAACAGAUUCUGGCUAUACAGAACAAGAAUUCUUCAUACUUCGUAGAAUGGAUCCCGAAUAACCUCAAGGUGGCGGUGUGUGACGUGCCGCCAGCCGGGCUCAAAAUGGCCGCCACGUUCAUUGGCAACACCACGGCCAUACAAGAGAUAUUCAAGCGCAUAUCAGAACAGUUCACAGCUAUGUUCAGGAGACGGGCUUUCCUCCACUGGUACACAGGCGAGGGUAUGGACGAAAUGGAGUUCACAGAAGCUUCUAGUAAUAUGAAUGAUUUGAUAUCCGAGUAUCAACAGUAUCAGGACGCCCAAGUUGAUGAUGAAGAAAUCGAAUUAGAUGAUGAAGAAAUAGAUCCACCACACAAUACCAGCGCCAUGGUUGACAUGGAUUAAACAAUAAACAAUUUAAAAACAUUCCAAAUAUCACUGCCGAUCUAUUACUCUAUUAAUGCAAUAGACAAUUUAAAAAGCAGACCU